UCAACGUACCAUGACAUCCGUUGAGGAAGCAGCUAUUAUUGAAUGGACAAUAAUGGCCGCUAUUCAACACCAUCGUCGUUUUCUCUGCUGUUCAGCUGACAUUGGAGGGUCACCGAUGCCUCAGUCGUCGUCGUCGUCCUGAAGCCGCCGUUACCUCCGGUGAGAGAAAUUAAGACAGUUUAUGAUCUCGACAGAUCAUUUCUAAGCAUCCUUUUCAUCAAAGUUGCUCCCCUGGCCUGGCUGCUUGCUUCCCCACAAUGCAUUUCCUUAGCACUUAGUGCGUCUCGGACGGGCCGAUGUAACACUUACACUACCACUUCACCAGCCACACCACCUUGCACAGCACGAAGGUCCUGCCCUGGUUCAUCUUCUUCACUGUCUUACUGGAGUCAUGUCAGGCUCAGGAGACUUACCAGCCAUCGAGGGUCCUGGGAUGGGCGGGAUGAAGCUUCCCAUUGGGAUGACCCGUAGAGCCCUCAGCUACGAUGACAACCUGGAGGCCCCGAUGUCCACGCCCCCCCACGACAUCAGCAUCAACAACCUGUGGAGACGACCCAUCAUACCCGACAGAAAGUUCCCACACCUGGUUGAGGAGGAUGAGAGCGGUGUCGUCAGUAAGCCAAUAGUGCCAGAGAGCGCCCCCUCAUGGUCACCAACUGUAGUGAAAGCCAAGGCCUCCUCCAUCAUCAUGAACUCUCUCAUCACCAAACAGACUCAUGACAGCAUGUACAAGUUUGAGCAGAGGGCGGGACUUACCGAUGCCAGCUACACGCCCCACAAAGGCCUCACCGCUGAGGAGACGAGACACCACCACCGUAUCCCUGAGUCCCUUCAGAAGCUCCAGAUCCAGAGCCUGGAGGCCAGAGAGGAGCGGCAGAGCAGCUCCUCCCAGUCCACUCCCUCCACCACACCACACACCUCCCCAAAACAGCUACGCAGGAGUUGGUUCAGCAGCACGGGUUCAGAGAUCAGCAUGAGCUCCUCCAGCAGCAGCUUAGACAUGGGAGGAGGAGGAGGAGGAGGAGGAGGAGGAGGAGGAGGAGGAGGAGGAGGAGGAGGAGGAGGAGGAGGAGACAUGGCAGGAGGCGCGGUUGAACGCUGGAGCGUGUUUGGUCCGCGGCCACAAGUACACAAAUCCACAUCUGACCUGGGAUCAGACUCUGCAGCUGCAGCAGGCUUUGCGCUGCAGGCCUACCGUGGUGGCCAGAAACCGACCCCAAUGGAAGUAAUGAAGGCGCAGACCACUCGACUGGGCGACACUCCGGCAGCGCAGUCAAUGGCUCCCCCUAAGAUGGAGAUCCCCACAGUGGACGGCAGGCGGCAGGGAACGCGGCCGCACAAGCUCAAACCCAGAGACAUGAACAUCCUGACGCCCUCUGGCUUCUAGAAGGACACAUUACUCCCGUCUCUCAGACUUUAAAGGUCCCAUGGGAUGAAAACUCCCCCAACACAAGCUUCUGUUUUUGUAUUUUAUCUUUCCUAAUAAGAGCUUUAUCAGCAACAUUACUAAAAGAUGUCGGAAAGGUGACGGGAUGUAGAUAGACCAAAAGUUAUUUUGGUGGAAAACAAAGGCGGGCGGUAAAAUUAAAAGCUGUCAGAAGUCCUGAACUGUUCUGCAUCACCUUUGACCUUCUGUACUCUGGUUACUGAUCGUCUGACCGUUCGUUCUUGCCCCAUGGGACCUUUGAAAGCAGCUCUCACAUCCAGAUAACAUCUGAACACUGUACUGCCCUCCGUCACAAACAUUCAAACAUUCCAGGAACAGAAACAUGGAGCAUUUCUCAUCUGCUUUAGCUGUUUUUAGGCGUGUACAGUGUUGCUUGGCUGUUAAACAUCCUCUCUAAUCUUUCACCGUUAUAAUGUAUCAUCUGGCUGCAGUAUACACACAUACCACAGGGGUCACAUUAACAAAAUCAGCAUGAUUCAUCCUCCCUGAGCUCAGAUCAUCUGAGGAUGAGUGCCACUCAUGGAUGUUGAGAAGUUUGUCCAGCAGAAGGAGAAGUUGACGUGUUUAAAAAAUGAUCCACUGUAAAUGCACUUUAUACCCUUUAGAGAGUAGUUGUCAUUUAAUCUCCAGUAUGAAAGACUGCCUCGUCGUCUUUACAUCGUGUCUGUCUCAAAAGUUUAGUCCUUAAAAUGGAAAUUUCACUAAGCAGGACGGGAGCGGUACAUCUAACCAGAUAUGCAGCGUAGUUUAUCAAAGAAAAUCGAGCUACAGAUCAAAAAGAUGAUAUGUAUAUAUGACAGUUUGUCUCAGGAAUUUGCAGACAUUCAUCUCCUGCUCACUGAAAUGUUCCACUUUUUUAUUUCACUGUUUUUUUAGACGUUUUAAUGUAAAGACUGUUUUUUUAUAUAUAAAAAAAACAGAUCUACAUGUGACCAAGAGUCAACUUAACAUGUCUGCAUCUGUUUUUCCUAACAAUGAAACCUGAAGGAUUCCACUUUGUGGGUUUGAUGAGUGUUGGUGCUUUAAAGCUGCUGGUGUGCACAAGAGUCCCGUCCUGCAGAAACGUUGCCCCGCCAAGACGCAGUUUGCAUCAAGCUUAUCAAAGAUGGAUGCUUUUAAAUUCCUUACUCUGCCUCUGCAAUGCUUCCUUUUGAUACAAGGUUUUUGCAGGAUGACAUCAGUGUGAACAUCAGAGAGCUCAUGAAUGAAAUGCAGCACCUUGAUUACCGUUGUUAUUAUUUUAUUGCACUUUUACUUCAUGAAGUAGCAGCAGUGUGUUUGCUGCAUUGGUUCCAUGCAUCACAUGACGCAUAGUGGAGGAGUUUGUGUUUUAUAGAGCAAACAUUCCCAAUCCAAACCACGUCACAUGUCACUCUGCUGUGGUGUAAGUUAGGUGUGACACAGAAGAAUAAAAAACACUCAGCUGUCAAUAUAAAAUAUUAAA